CGAAAACCACCAAUAUAACAAUUGAUUACUAGGAUUAAUGGAAGUGAAUAAACAAAUAAAUUAGACAAAGAAAGAUUAUUAUCAAUCUCAAAAAAUGCGAUUUGUACAAUUUAUAAAUAUUUUACCAGAGAGUUACCAGAAAGAAAGGCGAAAAUCUGUAGAACAACUGUUGGACAGCCUCGAUAUUUCAUUAACAAAUUUAAAAAGGCAAUGCUGUUUUACUGAAAUCAAGCAUAUAUUGUUUAAGGAGAACCGGAAUAGACUAGUCGCUAAAAUAAGGGAAAAAUAUGCGAAUUCGAUGAUACUUCUCAAAGGUAGCGAUUUAUUAGAACUACCCGAAUGUUUAGGCACUUGCUUCGAGCAGGAAUCUUGCUUCUACUGGGCCUUUGGAAUUGAGAUACCAAAUUUGUGGGGCGCCAUUGACGUAGAAACAGAAACAUCUUAUAUCAUAUACAAUAGUUACGUUGGUACUCACUCAUCCUAUACUCUAAAAAAUCCAAAAAAAAUUAAAACGAAAUACGGAAUUGACAACGUGAUCUCUAUUGAGGAAUUUCUUGACGAAAUCGUCAGAUUUGGAAGAAAUAUUUUCAUGGUGUCGUCAAACAUGGACGAAAAAACAUUGAAUGGAAUGAGUCAAGACGGAGUUGUAAAAUUGUUGAUAAAAUGCGGCGCUUGGAUGUGCACCACAGUCCUGACUCCGAUUAUCAAAGAAUGUCGUAUGAUCAAAUCAUUCAGGGAGCAGCAGGUCAUGGCAGUCGCCACGAAGUUGAACAGCAGGGCUAUGGACUAUGUGCUGCGGAAUUUGAGUCCAGGUGUGGCGAGUUACUGUGCCGGUGACCUGUUCAACCUCUACAUCAAAUCCAUCACCAACAAAAUAUUCGAAGCAAGACCUCCUAGUUGCCUCACUGGUAAGUCUAUCUUCUGCUUGGAUGAGGAACGUUCUAAAUUUUAUUCUCAAGAUAACCUCCAAUCCGGUGACAUGUGCAUCCUCGAUAUGGGUGUAGCACUGUACAACUACAAGAGCAACUUGAUCACCACCGCUCCUAUCAACGGCGUCUUUUCAAAUUCUCAAGCGAUCAUCUACAACAUCGUACUCACAAUAAGAUCGGACAUGCUCAAAGAACUGAAACCUGGAAUACCUUUCUCUCAUAUAGCAUUUGUAGCUCAAAGAACAAUGGUAGACCAAAUGAUUCAUAAUUUUAUCUUAGAAGGAACGACUGUUGAGAUCAUGGACACCGGCAUAUGCAAAAUUUUCAGUCCUAACGGUAUAGGUCAUUUGUUAGGAAUUGAUUUUUACGAUUGCGAUGAAGAAACAGACUUCAAUUCAUACAAAAGAGGCAACAUCGACCAAGUUGUGGCCAAGGAAGGCAUGAUAUUUGCACUUAAUAGUGAACUUUACUUCAAUGAAGUAACCAUCAGGGAGUGGAUGGACUCUUCAGCAGGUUUUCAUCUUCAAUCUCGGUACUUACCCGGUUUCUUCGGUCUAGCAGCAAGAGUCCAAGACGUCGUUCUUAUAACCUCAAAUUCAUCACAGUUACUUUCGGAUGUUUCGAGGACAAUAGAAGAGAUAGAAAAUACAAUGUCGAAUGAUGAAACCAUAAAUUUUAAUAUGCCUAGAAGAAAGCCCAGAUUGUGUGUGGUCAAGAAAGAGAUAAAUAAACAAUCGGUUCGGCAAAUACGAAGCAAUUUGUUAGUAAAAAAAACAAAAGAAUCGAAACAACAGAAGCUUUUAAAGCAGCUGCUGGAUGAAUACAAAAAUAGGUUUCUACAAAAGCCAAAGAGACGCCUAAACAAGGUGAUGCAAGAAGUUUACAAUUACCCAUUCCCAUUGGCCAACAUGUUUGAUCUGACAACGAUACCAUUGUGUCCUCAGAGGAGAAGACCGAACCUUAUACCUUUUCCUGGCGCGAGCAGUGUGUUUAGGAAAAAAUUGAAUUAUCCAAAACAGGGUUACGGAUGUCCUUACUUUGAUUGGAACGAAAGCUACGUGUCCUGUUUCUUAAUAAGGAUAAUAGAAAACUGCUUGAAUGCGGAAGGAAUCAGGGCGGUAAUUUUUGAUAAUGAUGUUUAUGAAUUGUACAGAAAAAAAUGA